AUGGUGAUCUUUGCAGCUUUAUUCAUAGUACUCUUCAUCACCGUUCUCUUUGGUCAUGUCUUCCUUCAGCGAAUCAAGGAUUUCUUGCAAUUUUCAGCCAACCAAAAUGGUAGUGGAGGAAUUAGAGGAAGAAACAUGGAGGCAGGGGAAGAGGUACUAGAGACAUUACCUUCACCAUCUUCACCAAGAGUUGAUGGAUCUGAGUUUGAAGUGUUUCUCAGCUUCAGAAGCGAAGACACCCGAAAGGGUUUCACUGGGCAUCUUCAUGACGGGCUCCAGGAGCGCGGUAUUACCACCUUCAUAGACUGCGAGAAGUUGGAAAAGGGGGAGGAGAUCAACAAGCUGUUGGAAUACAUAGACAGGUCCAAGAUCGUUGUUCCCAUCUUCUCCAAACGCUUUGCAGAAUCAAAAUGGUGCUUGAAAGAGGUGACCAAAAGUGUGGAGUGUGGAAAGGAGAUAAUUCCGGUGUUUUUUGGCGUGGAACCUUCUGACGUCUGCAACCAGGGUGGCCCUUUCAAAUCUGCGUUUAAGGAUCAUCAAUCGAACAAGGAACAGGACCAAGAGGAGGUGAUGGAAUGGAGGGAAGCAUUGAAGAAAGUCGGAAAUAUCUCUGGCUUCACUCUCAAGGACAUGAAUGGGGAUGAGGCAAAGCUAAAGCGUGCAGUCAUUAAGAGAGUGUCAGCCAAACUGAACAAGAAGCCAUUCGAAGUCGCAAAGCAUCCAAUCGAGAUUGAAACUCGUGUUCAUGACGUGAAGAAAAUGUUGGAGAAUGGAAGCAAUAUUAAUGGUGUUCGUGUGGUUGGUCCAAUCGGGAUUGAAACUCGUGUUCAUGACGUGAAGAAAAUAUUGGAGAAUGGAGGCAAUAUUGAUGGUGUUCAUGUGGUUGGCAUCCAUGGUAUGGGUGGUAUUGGAAAAACAACGAUUGCCAAGGCUGUUUACAACGACUUAGCCGAAGAGUUCAAUGGCGCCACUUGUUUUAUUUCAAAUGUUAGGGAAAAUGCUGGGCAACCCAAUGGAUUGGUCAACUUACAAAAACAGUUCAUUGAAGAUAUCUUGAAAGAAAAAAAUACAUCCUUACGUGAUGUUGCACAAGGAAAAAAUGUGAUCAAAGACAGGGCCAGUUGUAAAAGAGUUCUGAUUAUCUUAGAUGACGUUGAUUCCGGAGAACAACUUGAUGCAUUGGCUGGUGAGAGAGAUUGGUUUGGCUCAGGAAUCGUGAUCAUAAUCACAACUAGAGAUGAGGGGGUACUGCUAGCCCACAACGUGAAACAAGAUGAAAUUUACAAGCCACAAGAACUGAAUGAAGAUCUGUCGCGAGAGUUAUUCAUGCUUCAUGCAUUUGACGGUGAAUUACCACAAGGAGAGUACGUCGAGUUAUCAAACAAAUUUGUUGAAGCAGCUGGUGGGUUGCCCUUAACUCUCGAAGUGAUCGGAUCGCUUUUGUCUUCCAUAAAGAAUGUACAAGAAUGGAAAGAUACAUUGGAGAAGCUGAAAACGAUUCCCCACAACGAAGUCCAACAGAGAUUGAAGCUAAGCUAUGACAGUUUAGAUGACUUGGAGAAGAACAUCUUUCUAGAUAUUUCUUGUUUUUUUAUUGGUUGGGGCAGAGAAAGAGCUACUUACAUGUGGGAGGAUUGUCGCUGGUGCCCCAGUGCAGCAAUUAGGGUACUUGUACAAAGGUCUCUUGUAAAGAUAGAUGAAGAAAGUCAGGAGUUCGAGAUGCACGAUCAAAUACGAGACAUGGGGAGAGCCAUAGUUGAUGAAGAAAGCUCCCGAAAGCUUCAGAAGAAGAGUAGGCUGUGGAAUAACCAAGACUCUUGGGGUUUACUUCAAAGAAAGAGACCAAGGACUAUUGAUGCCGUAGGGAUUCGUAUUCAUGGUGGUUGUGUUAUUGUCGAAUGCUUUGACAACCUGAGAUUUCUUCAAGCUGACAAUGUCAAGUUCCAAGGCACGUUUCCAUGUUUUCCUACAGAUCUGAAAUGGUUGCAGUUGAGCAGUUGCCACUUUGACUCCCCACCAUCUGAUUUUAAUCUCGAGAAGCUCGUCAUCCUUGACCUCUAUAAUACCAACAUGGCCCCAAUUCUUAUAAACCAACUGUCACUGAGAUCAAAGGCCUUUGAAAGAUUGAAAGUUCUGUCACUUUGCGGAGUGCAAACAAAGAUCGCCUUUGAUUUCACGAAUAUGCCUGGCUUGGUGACAUUGCGAUUUCUAGAUUGCUCAGCAUUGACUACAAUUGAUGAAUCAAUCGGGAAACUCAAGAACUUGACACAUUUAAGUACUCCAGACUGUAGGCAUCUGCGGAAACUACCGGAUUCAAUUUGGCGAUUAAGUUCACUUGAGGUCCUUAAUAUUUCUGGUUGUUUGGAAUUUUCCGCUUUGCCAGAGCGAUUAGGAGAGUUGGGAUCACUCAAGAAGCUUGAUCUCAGUCUCACAAGUAUAAAGAAGGCACCUGAUUCCAUUUGCCGAUUAACUUCUCUUGAAAUACUUGAUUUGAAUGCCAACUUUCUACUUUGUUCUGUACCGGAAGGCUUAGGGGACAUGGAGUCAUUGAAGAAGAUUGAUCUUUCUUCGACAAGCAUUGAGGUCAUACCCGAUUCUAUUGGACAACUUAUCAACCUUGAUCAACUAUCUUUAUGUAACUCAAAAAGCUUGAGAGAGCUCCCGGGUUCCAUUUGCCAGCUAAAGUUGUUGAAAUCGCUUAACCUUAGUGGGUGCCAUUCUCUCCGCUCUUUGCCAAAAAGAUUAGGAGACAUGGAGAGAUUGGAGGAGCUUAUUCUUGACAAUACCAGAAUAGAGAUCAUACCUGAUUCAGUUGGACAGCUUAAAAGCCUUCGCCUGCUGUCUUUGGAAGGUUGCAAGCUCCUAAAAGCAUUACCUAUUUCCAUAAGACAAUUGAGCUCCAUACAACAGCUGAAUAUGUCUAGAACCAGUUUAAAGAUCUACGAGAUCGACCUUCCACAUCUUGCACCAAUUAAUUUUAUCGAAUUUACAGGUUCAUCUUCGGAGUUGCUUGGCUUGCGCGACCAAACUCACAAAGCCUUAGAAAUUCUUCACUUGAAGGAUGCUAUAAUUGAAGAGUUGCCCGAUUGUGUUGGAAGGAUGGAAAACCUCAAGAAGCUGCGGCUAGAAUGUGAAAUGCUGAAAGAAUUGCCCCACUGGAUUGGGUCGCUCAAGCAACUUCGUCAGUUGAUUCUCAAGUGUGAGAACCUCAAAGCUUUACCCAACUCGAUUGGGUCACUGAAACGGAUGUGGGAGUUGGAAUUGAAGUGUGUGAACCUCGAAGCUCUACCUGAUUCGAUUGGAGAGCUGGAAAAUGUUUCCUCAUUCAAAAUUGAAUCAGCAAAAUUGAAGGCCCUACCGAAUUCGAUUGCAUGUCUUGGAAGCGUUGAUAAGUUGGUGCUACAUUGCAUGAGUCUGGAAGCUCUACCUGAUUCGAUCGGACGUUUGGAGGAACUUACAGAAUUUGAGGUGUCGUCUAACAGUCUUGAAGCUCUACCUGACUCCAUUGGGUCGUUGAAACACGUUUGGAGAUUAGAAUUAGAGUGCCCAAACCUCGAGAUUCUACCAGAUUCUAUUGGAGAACUAAAAAGUCUUGGAUACUUUGAAGUGGACUCCCAUCGCCUCAAAUAUUUGCCCAAUUCUAUUGGCACUCUAACAACAAUUUGGUUCUUGAGACUAAACUGCAUCAACCUUGAAGAUUUGCCCAGCUCUAUGGAACAAUUACAAAGUCUUCGAGAUUUACAUUUACAUUGCGACAAUUUUACAGCUCCACCUGAUUUCAUUGGAGGAUUGGAAAAUCUUGUGAGCUUCUCCUUCAACAGCAGUAAAUUAAAAUACUUGGAUGCAGCAAUUUUUGAGUCUGUGGGAAGACUUAAAUGGCUUAAGCUAAGUGGUUGUGAGAACUUGGAAGGUAUGAUCGCUGCUUCUAUUCGACAAACAGGUUUGGAAGACUGCAAGAGGCUUGGGUGCCUUCCUCAGAUUCCUUCUUCUCUAUUCACGCUUGAAGCUUCUGGAUGCACCAAUUUGAGAAAAAUGCCGGAUAUUUCAAAUUUGAAAAGUUUGAAGAACUUGUGUUUGGGUGGCUGUAAGCAGCUUGAAGAUGUGCCUGGCCUGGAAAAUAUUUCAAGCAACUUGGAAGUGCUAGAACUGCCUGGUCCUUGUGAUUUCGCGGGGUGUUGCCACUUUAGUCAUGGUUUCAAAAGCAAAGUGUUCAAGGAGAUAACUUUUGAGAAGUUGAAAAUGUUCAAGAUGUCAGGGUCUUUAGUGCCAGGAUCAGCAAAAGGACAACAGUGGCUGCAAUUUGUACUCCCGAGGUUGCCAUUUAGUUGGUUGAGAAGAGCAUGGGUGAAGUUGGGACUGGAGAAGGUGCUCUCACCCAUCUGCAUAGCAAUCAUUGCCGAUGGCGUUACUGUGUUUGAGAAAAUUGCAGAAGCCGACGGUGAUGAUGAAGUGGAAUUGAACUUGGGAGCAGAGAACAUUGUGAACACCGGGGAAGGAGCACAUUGCUAUAGAAUGCAAGUGACAAUGGAUGUGUCCCAACUGCAAAAUGUAUUUCUAUUUCUUGUGGAGAAUCGUCGGUGGCGCCCUCGGUACUGGUUUUAGCUAUCACAUCCGGGGAGAUAUUAUAGAUGAACGUCAAUUCAGGGGAUGAAGCAUAUUAUGCAAACACCUUUUUAUUGUAAACAAUCAAUAAAUAGUGUUUGCAAUUAUGUGGUCCUUCACAUAUGCAGAUAUUCAUCAUGAAAAUCAUGUUGACAUAGCAGAUGGGUAUUGAUUUUCUAAUUUGCUGCUUUUAUUUUAGAGCUAAAACCAAUUUGUCAUUAAUUAGGCCAAACCUUGAAAAGUUUCAUCACAUGUAAACUAUUUUAUAUAUUUUUACAUAUGAACAAGAUGUUAGUUAAUGUGAACGUGUGAGCAAUAUGUGGAAGUGGAGAUCGUGUAAACAUGUGGUGGUUUUUUUUUAGUUUCUUUUCUUUAGCCAUAAAAAUAGGAAUUAGUGGUUAUGUGUCUACAAAAUGGGGCUGCUUUUUGGCAAGUGGCAUUAGUGGGUAGUUUUUUCUUUUGUUCUAUAAAUACUAGUUCCAUGCGUGUAAUCCAAUGUGUGAGAAAAAGAAUGAAAGUGUUGACGUCUUUUCAAGUUUUAUUUUAACGUGCCCUUUUGUAGUGUUGUUUGGUGUGGGAGUUAGAAAGACUUCCUUCAAUCUUGGUAUCAGAGCGCCAGGUUGCGUGGGCAUCUCAAGUAUCUUGGAGCAUUGCAGAAGCAAGGAACUCCAAAUUGCGUGCUAUUGGUAAGAGUUAUUUUUUGAAAGCUGGUAUGGCUAAUUCAAAUACUCUCAAUUUAUCCCAAUCCUUAGUGCCUAUUUUUAAUGGUGAGAACUAUGAGUUUUGGAGUAUCAAAAUGAAGACUUACUUCAUUUCACAAUAUCUUUGGGAGUUAGUUGAAAAUGGUUAUGCAGAAACUGAAGUAUCAAAGGCAGUAGGAAAGUUAAUAGAGAAAAUUGAUGUUAAGGAAUUUCGGAAGAAAGAUGCAAAGACACUCUCAGUAUUGCAGCAGGCUGUAUCAGAGACUGUCUUCCCAACUAUUGCUGGUGCAGAGAAGUCAAGUGAAGCGUGGCUAUUCCUCAAACAAAAAUUUCAUGGAGAUAAGAAGAUUACUACAGUUAAGCUCCAAAUCUUAAGGAGAGAGUUUGAAACAUUUUGCAUGAAAACUAGUGAGUCCGUUCAAAAUUAUUUUUCUAGACUCUCUACUAUUGUAAAUCAAAUGAAGAGUUUCGGUGAAGCCAUAACCGAGCAAAAGGUGGUUGAAAAGGUGUUAAGAAGUCUUCCUUUUAAAUUUGAUCAUGUUGUCACUGCAAUAGAAGAAUCCAAAGAUUUGUCUAUUUAUUCUAUUGAUGAACUAAUGGGGUCUCUUUUAGCACAUGAGCAACGUAUGAACAGGUCAACAGAAAAAUGAAUAGAGCAAGUUUUCCAAACAAAGAUAGAGUUUUCAAAAGAGAAGAAUGGAAGCUAUGAUCAAAGAAAUGAAGGAAGGAGUCAAGGACGAGGAGGCUAUAGAGGAGUCACUCGUGGUUAUGGUAGAGGACGUGGAAGAUUCCAUGGAAAUUUCCAUAAAACCCAUGACACAACAGGGAAAAGUAAUCAAAAUCAGUACUUUAGAGGAAAACAAUGUAACUUUUGCAAGAAGUUUGGUCAUAUAGAAGCUAAAUGUUUUGAAAAGGCAAAACAACAAGCUAGUUUUGUAGAAGAAAAUGAGAAUUUAUUUCUUGCAACUAUGGAUGCUAACAGUUGCAAGAGUGAAGUUUGGUUUGUAGAUAGCGGCUGCAGUAAUCAUAUGACUGGUAACAAGAGUUUUUUCAAAGACAUUGAUGAGACUAUACAGUUGGAUGUGUGGCUUGGAGACAAUAAUAGAAUAAGUGUGAAGGGCAAAGGAACUGCUAUCAUCAAAUCAGAAACAGGUAUGAAAAAAUUUAUUAAUGAUGUGUAUUACGUUCCCGGGUUGGCUCAAAAUUUGCUUAGUGUUGGGCAAUUGGUUCAAAAAGGGUACACACUUUUAUUUGAAAAUGAUGCUUGUGAAAUUAAAAAUAAAAGUGGUGUAGUUCUUGCGAAAGUAAAUAUGGUUCGAAAUAAAAUGUUUCCUCUUGAAACAAAUGCAUUUAUGACAAAAAUUGAUGAUUCCAAGCUAUGGCACGUGAGAUAUGGACAUCUUCAUUUUAAUGGAUUGAAGCUCUUACAUCAAAAAGGUAUGAUAUAUGGACUACCAUCUAUUGAUUGUCAUGAUGAUGUAUGUGAAUGGUGUAUUUAUGGUAAACAACAUAAAUUACCAUUUCAAGUUGGAAAAUCAUGGAGAGCUAAAAUACCGCUUCAAUUAAUUCAUGCUGACAUAUGCGGUCCAAUGAAAACUUCUUCAUUAAAUGGUAGCAAGUAUUUUUUGCUAUUUACUGAUGAUUACACUAGAAUGAGUUGGGUAUAUUUUCUCAGUCACAAAUCUGAUGCAAUGGAUAAAUUUAAAGAGUUUAAAGUGUUUGCAAAAAAAGAAAGUGAAAAUAUAAUAAAUAUACUACGUACGGAUAGAGGGGGAGAAUUUUUGUCUGACGAAUUUGGUUUAUUUUGUAAAAAUCAUGGCAUUCGUAGACAGUUUACAGUAAGGAAGACCCCACAACAAAAUGGUGUGGCCGAAAGGAAAAAUCAGACAGUGAUGAAAAUGGCACGCAGCAUGUUAAAUGAAAAACAAUUACCAAGUGAAUUUUGGGCUGAAGCAAUCCAUACGGCAGUAUAUCUUCUCAACAUUUCUCCAACAAAGGCAGUCAGAAACAAAACUCCAUUCGAAGCAUGGUGGAAUCGCAAACCAAAUGUAAGUAUGUUAAAAGUCUUUGGAUGUGUUGCAUAUGCAUUAAUUGAUCCUAGUGAAAGAAGCAAGUUGGAUAAGAAGAGUGAAAAAUGCAUUUUUAUUGGUUAUAGUAGUGAAACUAAGGGUUAUCGUCUUUAUAAUCUUAUCACUAAGAAGAUGAUUAUAAGAAGAGACAUUAUAUUUGAUGAAAAAGCUUGCUGGGAUUAGGUUAAGAAUGAAACCAUGAAACUCCAAGUUGACGGGGAAGAAGUGAAUCCAAGUCAUAUUGACGAAGAACCAAGGGAGAAAGAUGAAGCCUUGAAGGAGACGAUCAAUGAAGGUAUUGAAUCCAUUUUUGAAGAAACUCCUCCAAGAAAGGUACGAUCCUUAAAUGACAUUUAUAAGUGUGCAUUCGCUUUUGCUGUUAUAGAACCUUCAACUUUUGAUGAAGCAUGUGUAGACAAAAAUUGGAUGAAUUCUAUGGAAGAGGAAAUACAAACCAUAGAAAAGAAUGACACAUGAAAACUCUCUAAGUUGCCGUCGGGGAAGGAACCAAUUGGAGUAAAAUGGGUCUAUAAGGUGAAGUAUGAUGUUAAAGGUAACGUGAAAAAAUAUAAAGCAAGGCUGGUUGCUAGAGGUUUUGUGCAAGUAUAUGGAAUUGAUUUUACUGAGACGUUUUCACCUGUUGCAAGAUUUGAGACAGUAAGAAUGGUUCUUUCUAUUGCUGCUCAAUUUAAAUGGAAAGUUUUUUAGUUUGAUGUCAAGUCUGCUUUUCUAAAUGGCUAUUUGAAUGUAGAAGUGUAUGUUGAUCAACCACCUGGAUUUAAAA